CACACAGCAGAAAAAAAAGUGCUCAGAGAGAGAUAGAAGAGAACAGGGGUGAGGAGCCGAGCUUGAGAUAAGACCUGGAGAUACGCAAAAAGAUUUGAGACCAGAGAGACUUCUGCGAAUUGACAGAGUAAAGAUGCACAGUCCCUCCUGGUUUUUGGCUACAGUGAUUCUGUGUUUUUAUGGAUUUUAUGUAGAUGGGCACUGCUUGGAUUUGGCAGAUUGCAUGGACCUUAACUCUAAUGAACAAAGAUUGCAAUGCAUCAAUCAAUGCACAAGUGAACAAGAAUACUCCAAUUAUGGAAGACUUUCUUUACCUGAACAGCAAAGCGAUGAGGAAGAGGUUGAGGAAGAGAGCCUCAGUUUGGGCCUGCUCCUAUCCGCUCUGUCUCCCGUCUUAAACAACGCCCAAGACCCCAAUGAAGAACCCCUCCACAGCGAGGACAGAAGGUCUUACUCCAUGGAGCACUUCCGCUGGGGGAAACCCAUGGGCCGUAAACGUCGUCCAAUCAAACUAUUCACCAACGGGGCUGUGGAGGUGGAACCAGAGGAGUCCACGGAGGCCGGUCGAGUCGAGCGAGGGCAGGGAACCACCAUGGACGGUCAACAGAGGAAUAACGCAAAGAGCAACGGCAAGUACCGCAUGACCCAUUUCAGGUGGAACACCCCGCCUGAGAAACGCUACGGCGGGUUUAUGAGGCCAUCGUCAGAGCAAUCCCACAAGCCCCUGCUCACGCUGAUACGUAACGUCAUUGUUAGAGAUGGACAGCAGUUGAAAAAUUAA